UUUCCUGUCACGUCGGUGCACGGUAGUAAGCUAACGGACAACACGAAACAAGAAAAGUAGAAUAAACAACGCGGGUUGUCGCUGAACUCGGCUCGGCUCGGCUCGGCUCGGCUCGGCUCGGUCCGACUCUUUCCACCUGUGGAUUAUAACUCGUGAAGAUGGACGCGGCCGUGAGCGCGAGGACACGCGGGUCGUAACGUGAGCUAACUGUUAGCAUAGCCUGCUAAUUUACUUUAACGUUCCACUCGAGGCCGCGGAGGACCGAGAGCAGCUUCCUGCUUCCCCGAGGAUGUAGCGAGCACCGCGACCCGACCCACGACGUCCCGCGGGGGUUUAAGAAGCAGCCUCCUCCGCCGAGUCGCGUUACCGCGUGUACACUUUGUCUCUUUAAGUUGCGCUCGCGGGCUAACCUAGCCUGUUAGCUGUUGUGCUAGCCAGCUAGCAUGAGCGAGCCGACGGACUGCAAACAGUCCGCGGACUCCGCGUCGCGGAAGCGGUGUCCGUCCCCCGGGCAGCAGGACGAAGACGAGCCGGUCCCCAGCAAGUCCACGAAGGUGAGCGACGCGUCGGGCGUCACGUCGGGCAGUUGUAGAAGCAGCGAGGCGGAGAGCAGAGAAACAUCUGGAGGCGGCAAGUGUGGAGACAGCGUGGGAGCCGGAGCCGCGGCCGCCGCCGCGCUAACGGACCAGAGGUUGGACAGCACGAGCGGCGCCGGCUCGCCGCCUGCCAACAAGCCCCCCGCUGCAGGCGGCGAGCAGCCGCAGCCCUCCGGGGCUCAGGGACCCGCCGAGGCCAAGGAAGCUGCAGGGAAGCCGGCAGCAGCCAAGCCGCGUCCCGCUGCGCCGCCGCUCCAGACCGACUCCGCCGCCAUAGCGGCCGCCGAGGCGCUCGCCAGCCUCACGGCGGGGGACGACAGCCAGGAGACCCCCGGCUCGUCCGACAAGGUGAAGCAGGUGAAACAGGGCAGCAGGUUCAAACAGCGCGCGGCCCAGCAGGCGUCCAGGGCGGCCGGCGUCGCCAAGACGCAGGCGGCGGCCGCGGACAGCUCCACGUCGGUGCCCAGCACGGACCGCGAGGACGCGGACGACGCGGCCGAGGCGGACGACGGCGACGGCGACGAGUCCAUAUCCGGGUCCUCGUCCACGCCGAGCUCCUCGUUCCCGUCGGACAACGAGGACAACGACGACGGGGAGUGCGCCAUCGUGUCGGUGAAGAUGGCCCCGGAGAUGAGGCAGUCGGUGGCGCUGCUGGCUCAGGUGCAGAUGAGACUCGAGGCCCUGGAGAAGAGAAGCGCUCGACUCCACCAGCGACUGGAGCUGAAGAUCAGCCGCCAGCGACGUCCACAUCUGGACCAGCGCAGCACCAUCACCAAGAGCAUCCCGGGCUUCUGGGUCACGGCUCUGUUGAACCAUCCACAUCUGUCCUCGCACAUCGACGAGAGCGACGAAGACGCUCUGAGCUUCAUGACGGAUCUCGAGAUCGAGUCUUUCAAGAACAACAAGCUGGGCUACAGGAUCCGCUUCCACUUCAAACGGAACCCGUACUUCCAGAACAACAUCAUCAUGAAGGAGCUGCACCUCGGGAUGGGAGGGUCUCCCAUGUCCUUCUCCAACCCCAUCCUGUGGCACCGCGGACAGAACCUGACGGCCCACAGCGAGGCCCGGAAGUCGUCGCGCGGCGUCUACCAGACCUUCUUCAGCUGGUUCGGUGACCAUAGCAACCCGGGACAGGACGACGUAGCCAAGAUUCUGAAGGACGACCUGCACAGAGACCCACUGAGGUACUACCUCACUCCACUGUGGGAGCCGAGGGAGAACGGCAGCGGUGGCAGCGGAGCCAGAGCAGCUGAUAACGGUAACGGAGACGACUGCGUGGUGAUCUCCGACUCUGACGACGAGCCUGGUGACGACGCCGCUGAGGCUGAACGAGGCCUCGGUCGCGAGCAGGAGGAGGAAGAGGAGGAUGAGGAAGAAGAGGAAGAGGAGGAGGAAGAAGAGGAGGAGGACCGGGGGCGGAGUGCAGGUGAAACUGAUAAGAGAGGAAACAUCUGUUCCUCAGACGAGAGCCCCGAGGACGAAGAGGAAGAGGAGGAGGGGGGUGGUGGUGGUGGAGGUGGUGGUGGAGGUGGAGAGAUAGUGAUCGACGGUUCUGACGACAGCGACCAGGACGAGGACGAAGACGAGGACGACGCCUGAGAACCGGAGAGACGGAACCAGAAUCCUUCUUCCCUUUAUGCACAGAAGAUCAGACCGUGUGUUUUUUAUACCUAAAAUAAAUAGAAACAUUUUAAAUCAGGGUUCACUGUAAUAAUAAUAAUAAUGAUAAUAAUAAUGAAAAUGAAGCCAAGGCAGCAUGUUUCCCUCUGUUUUCUACAGUUGGUUCUGUGUGUUCUGACGUUCUACUACUCACCCGACGGCCCGCACACACACACGCACGUAGGCGAGGUUUUGACCGUGGCCACUUUGCUGCGGAAUUAAAAUUAAAAUCCGAGGCAUUAUUUUAUUUGAUUAGUUUUUUUAAGAACCGACGCAGUGACGAAGACGAACGCGUCGCCAGAUGAAUUCGACGUGACGACAGAUUGACAGUUCAUUUCAGUUGCACUGAACCAAAACGUGUACUCAGGGAUGAUCAUGGUGGAAGUUUUCUGGAUAUUUUCUCAGACAUCGACACACUCUGGUUAUUGUUGGCUGUUGUGUACCGUGUAACUCUACUGUAGUAAAAUAGGAACAAAUAUAACGCCGGUGUUUCUCCCUCCUCUUCUCCACGUUCUCCAUCAUCGCAGAGUUUGAUCAAUGUUUUUUAUGGAUUCCUCCACAUUUCUUAUUUGUUACACUCCGACAAUAAGUAGAUGUUGUUUUUUCUUUUUCCUCUCCUUUUUCUUUAGAUUGUAACUUAAUUUGAAUUUUCUUUCUGAAAAAUGUUUGGUUUUGUUUUUCAUGUUGUACAUGUUUUAGUAUUUGUGCCGUCUUAUGAUGAAGACGGCGUUUAUCAUGUUGUUUUUCUACACGUCCACAUUAAGGCAUGAACACGAUCACGUGACCCGACGGGAAAACAAACGCACACGCGUCGUCGAGCUCUGCCCGGCGACCGUAACAGAACUAGUAUUUGUAUUUGCUUACUUUUCUUAGCGACGAACCUGUAAAUAAUAUUUCAGCACCGUCUUUUGGAUGAGGCAGAACACGUGUUUGAUUAAUGGAUUAAAACAAAUUUAUCAAAUAAUCUGGAGUUUUUUCAUAAACAUGAUCAGAAGAAGUUUAUAUUUUGUGUGCCGUGUUUUAUAGAACACUGUUAGUUGAAAAGAUCCCUUGUCUGUUGCUUUACUGACGUUGUUUGCUCGGAAGAUAAAUGUCCAACUUUUGACUGAGACUUAAUAAAAUAAUAAGAAGAAGUUUCA